GCGGUUCAAUUCGCAAACCGAGUAGUUCGCUUCGUCUGUGACAUUCUUCUGCUCCGUAGCGAGAGAGAGAGAGAGAGCACAACAACGACUCCUGUGUUACUCUCUCUACCUCUAUCCCCUCACCAACAAUCUCCGCCGUAAUACGUGGCCGGGAUCUCUCAGGCGACGCCGUCUGUUGACUGUAAUUUAAUAUCCGAUUUUGACCAUCUUUGCCCAUUUGGUGGCGCGUAUAUAUAUAUACGUACGCGUAGAGUAUUCUUCAUGCCGAUAAAAUUAAGGUAUUUAAGCUGAAUCGUGGAUGGGUCAGAAGAAAAAAGCUCCCGCGCCGUUGGAUUCGGCUCUGAUCAAGCUCGAAUGCGAGAAGGCACUGAAGUCAUUCGGUCGUGGGAGCUACAACAAAGCGAUUCGUCUCAUUAAGGAUUCAUGCUCUCGCCAUCAAGACUCUGCCCUAAUCCACCGUGUUCAGGGAACUAUCUGCGUGAAGGUUGCUGCUGUCUACGAAGAUCUAGCUACGAAACAGAAGUAUCUCCGGAAUGCAAUUGAAUCUGCUAGAAAAGCUGUGGAGUUGUCUCCUGAUUCGAUUGAGUUUGGGCAUUUUUAUGCCAACUUGCUUUACGAGGCUGCUAAUGAUGGAAAGAGAGAGUACGACGAAGUUGUGCAAGAGUGUCAUCGUGCUCUCUCUAUCGAAAAUCCGAUUGAUCCUGCUAAAGAGAGUUUGCAGGAUGAAACUCAGCUUAAGAUAUUGACACCUGAGGCUCGUAUUGUUCAUGUGCAGGAUGAGCUCAGGUCACUAAUACAGAAAUCCAACAUUAGUUCAUUGUCCACUUGGAUGAAUAAUCUGGGAAAAGGUGAAGAGAAGUUUCGGUUGAUACCUAUUAGGAGAAUGGCUGAGGAUCCUAUUGAGAGUAACUUGGUUCAGACCAGGAGGCCUAAUGAGAUUAAAAAGGCUAACAAGAGUAUUGAAGAGAUAAGGAAGGAGGUUGAAGUUAGGGUAGCUGCAGCUAGGUUGUUGCAGCAGAAGUCAGAGUGUGAGAAUGUAGGCGCUGUUGACAACAAGGGAUCAGAUGCAACAUUAGGUUCGGGGAAGAGAAGCGGUGAGAGGAGAAAGCAUGGGAAUGCAAGGAGAAACGGCUCCACAGCGGAUAGAAGGGAUCGGGUUAAGUCAUACUGGGAUUCUAUGAGCAAAGAAAUGAAGAAACAAUUGCUUAGAGUUAAGCUUAGCGAUCUUAAGAGUCAUUUUAGUGCUUCAAAGGAUGGGAAUGAAAAUGAGAUUAUUAGUGAAGCUCUUUCCUUUUGUGAGGCCAAUAAGACUUGGAGGUUCUGGGUUUGCUGCCAGUGUAGCGAAAAGUUCAUAAAGUCUGAGGCUUAUAUGCAUCAUAUUGUGCAGGUGCACAUGGGUAAUGUCUUACCUAAGAUGCAAAUGGUUCUGCCUCAAAGUUUUGACACUGAGAGGAUUGAUAUGCUUCUUACUUCCCCAUGGAAACCGUUGGAUCUCUCUGCUGCGGUAAAAUGGCUUCGCAGUCGGCAGAAAAUCCAAAACUCUGAGUUUAGUGAGUUUCACGCUGGAGAUAAUAUGGAUGACGGUGACGAUUGCUUCAAGGAUGCACGGAAUGAUACUUCACCAGAGAAAGAAAGCCUUGGAGACUCUUGCAAGGGUUGUGAUGAGAAUGACCCAGAAGAAGGUAAGCUGUCAAUCACAUUUCCUCCUCCUGAUGGAUGGCCUAUAUCUGAUGAUCCUGAACGUGCAAAGCUCCUUGAAAAAAUCCGUGCAGCCUUUGAGCUACUGAUCAGACACAAAUAUUUAGCUGCCAGCCAUCAUGAUAAGGUGAUACAGUUUACGCUGGAUGAACUUCAGAAUCUUGCCUCGGUGUCACAAUUCUUAAAUCGUAGCUUGAACCAGUCACCCAUAUGCAUCUGCUUUUUGGGAGCUUCCCAGCUCAGAAAAAUUCUCAAAUUCCUGCAGGACUUGUCUCAGGCCUGUGGAUUGAGUCGAUAUUCUGAACAAAGUAACCCCAACGAUGAAUUUAAUUUUGGGGCCCUGUGUAGAGAAGUUACAGAGGAGAUUCUUCUUGAUGGUGAAGAUUCAUGUCUUCUUUUGGAUGAAAAAUUGCUUGGCACUGAGUGCAUCCAAGAGAUAUAUAUGGGCUCAGCAUUGCAUAAUGUAGCUGUAGCAAGUUCUGGGGAUAUUGCUAAUGGAAAUGAUGUGUCUUCUGGUGCGGAUGGAUUUCUUUCAUGGAUCUUCACAGGACCCUCUAGCGAGGAACAAGUUGUGUCAUGGAUGCGCACAAAGGAAGAGAAAACAAAUCAAGGACUGGAGAUCAUGCAACAUCUUGAGAAGGAGUUCUAUCACUUGCAGAACCUCUGCGAGAGAAAAUGCGAGCACUUAAGCUACGAGGGAGCACUGCAGACUGUUGAGGAUCUUUGUCUUGAAGAAAGCCGGAAGAGGGAGACUUCAGCAGAGUUUACCCAUGAAAGCUAUGAAUCUGUGCUGAGGAAACGAAGAGAAGAGCUAAAUGAAAAUGACCUUGAGUUGGUGUUUAUCAGUAGUAGGUUUGAGUUAGAUGCUUUAACAAAUGUGUUGAAAGAUGCUGAAACUCUUAACCACAAUCAAUUUGGAUAUGAAGAAUCAUAUGGCUGCACGAGUUCUCAGCUACGUGAUCUGGAAUCUGGUGAAGCUGAUGAAUGGGGGAUGAAAGAUUCCUUACAUGAGGCUGACAGUUUCAUAGAGGUUGCGAUCCAGAAACAAAAAGAGCAAUUGUCUGCAGAGCUUAGCAGAAUUGACGCGCAAAUGAUGCGAAAUGUCACUGGGAUGCAGCAAUUAGAGCUAAAGCUUGGACCGGUUUCCUCCAACGAUUAUCAGAUAGUAUUGUUACCUUUGGUGAAGUCCUACAUGCGUGCACAUUUGGAGGCGUUGGCAGAGAAAGAUGCCACUGAGAAGUCUGAUGCUGCAAGAGAAGCGUUACUUUUUGAGCUAGCUCUUGAUUCUAAGAAGGAGGGUCGAGGAAGAAAUGAUAAUUCAAAACACACGCUGGAAAAGUCGAAGGACAAGAAAAAGAUUAAAGACACUAGGAAACUGAAGAAUUUGAAGGCUACUAUUGGAAACGACCAUCGCUUCAAUGGUGACUCAAUUGAGCACAGCCUCCUUUCGGUUGCAUCUUUUGGUGAUCAUUCAGAGGCUGACGUUGUUUCUGAAGCCAUUGAAGCGUUAAGUGAUGAGGAAGAGGAAUACAGACGUUGUAACGAGUUAGAGGAAGAGGAGAGGAAGCUUGCAAAAACUCUAGAGUAUCAAAGAAGAAUUGAGAAUGAAGCUAAGGAGAAGCACAUCGCCGAACAAAAAAAGAAAUACAGCUGUUCAGAUCCGAUGAAUGUGACAGAGGCAGUGUAUGAUGAUUGCAUAGAAAAUUUCUUUGAUGAUGCUGAUUUACAAGAACAAGAAAAACCCAUAAAUCAGGAGAAAUGGAAUAAACAACUUGAUGACUUGGAAGGAGCCAAAGUGAAUAUAAAUGGAGUUUUCCCGUCAACAAAUCAUUGUGUGAUAUCUGAUACUGCAAAGGUGCUGGAUGUAAUAUCCCAAGAAGUAGUGCCUAACGGUAUAGCUAUUCAAGCUGGUGUUUUCCAAUCUGAUCAACGCCCUGGGAGGAGGGGUAGACGCCAAAAAGCUUCAAACAAGUUGGUUGAUGGAAAAUAUCAGGUCACACUUUCUGAGAGCGAGGAUAGUAAAUCUCAGAGGUCAGGCACCGACAGUGAGAGACAAUCUGAAACUCUACGUAGCAAUGGUGAUGCGGGACCAAAGACAUUAAGACAAUUACAAGCUGAAGACGAUGAAGAAGAAAGAUUUCAAGCUGACCUUAAAAGGGCAAAACUUCAAAGCCUUGAUGUGUACCGAGGUCGUAGAAAUAUGACAUCAUGUUUGAGGACAUCUCUGGAAGACAACAAUGAUUGGGUUUUAUCUGAUGUCACAAAGGAAUCUCAGAGUUCGCCCGGAGUUGCCAUAUUUGGCACAGGUCUUCAGAAUGAAGUUGGCGAAUACAAUUGCUUUUUAAAUGUUAUCAUACAGUCUCUGUGGAAUCUGGGGAUGUUUCGGGCUGAGUUCUUGCGGAGCUCAACACUAGAGCACCAUCACUUUGGAGAUCCUUGUGUUGUCUGCUCAUUGUAUGCGAUUUUUACAGCUUUAAGUACUGCUUCGAGUGAAACACGAAAAGAACCUGUUGCUCCUUCAUCUCUCAGGAUUGCUUUAAGUAACUUGUAUCCUGAUAGCAGUUUCUUCCAAGAGGCUCAGAUGAACGAUGCUUCAGAAGUAUUGGCCGUAAUCUUCGACUGCCUUCAUCGCUCAUUUGCUCAAAGUUCAAGCGUGUCUGACACAGAAUCUGCUGAGAGCAACAGUACGGGCUCAUGGGACUGUGCCAAUCGCUCAUGUAUUGCCCAUUCUCUGUUUGGAAUGGAUGUUUCUGAGCAAUUGAAUUGCUACAGCUGUGGGCUGGAGUCCAGGCAUUUGAAGUACACUUCCUUUUUCCAUAACAUCAACGCUAGUGCCCUACGCACCAUGAAGGUUACAUGCGCUGAAAAUUCAUUUGACGAACUUCUAAAUCUUGUCGAGAUGAACCAUCAACUAGCUUGUGAUCGCGAAGCUGGUGGGUGUGGGAAACGCAACCAUAUCCACCAUAUUCUCACCACUCCACCACAUGUUUUUACUAUAGUUUUAGGGUGGCAAAACACAUGUGAGACUGUAGAAGACAUAGCCGCUACUCUUGCAGCUUUGAAUACAGAGAUAGACAUCAGCAUCAUGUACCGUGGUGUGGACCCUAAGAACACAUAUAGCUUAGUUUCCGUGGUUUGUUAUUAUGGACAGCAUUAUCACUGUUUUGCAUAUAGUCAUGAGCACGAUCAGUGGAUCAUGUACGAUGACCAAAACGUCAAGGUUAUCGGUAGCUGGAGUGAUGUUCUUUCUAUGUGUAAGAGAGGACAUUUGCAACCACAGGUUCUUCUCUACGAAAAGAAACUUUAAAUUAGAAAACAAAAGUAAAAACAGAGCAAGUAGAGUUACGUUGCGACAGAUCUCCCAAAGUACAAACUGCAAAGAAAGUAAGUACUAUUUUUUGAUAAUCGAAAACUCGAGAGGAAGAAAUGUGAUUUUUACUCAUCUCAGUAGUUUAAAGAGGAUGGGGAAGAAGAUUGUCUUUAAGAUUAAAGCAUUAGUGGUUUCAGUGGAGAGGUUUUAGAAGAUGUCAUAUAGUUAAAGUAAUCUUGGCC